AAAUCUUAAUCAAUCAGAGGUUACGCUGUUUCGUAAAAAUUUAACACUCUGCCAAUAUCAUUCAGAAGCGUUAUGUUCCCCCAUUUGCUCGAUACGAUCUCUUACAACUGUUGUCUUCUGGUCCAUCUCUCUUUCUCCUCGUUACUGUUGGCUCUGUAACUCCUAUCAAUAUUGUAGGAUUGUUUGUUAGAAAUGGAGAAUGCAAUGCAAGCACCAGAUCAAACAUCUAUUGGAGACAACAAAUCAAAGAUUUCUCAUGUCAAAAAACUGUUAUUUAGGCGAAUGCUGGUGGGGGUAAACGAUGGGCGUUUUUUCAUGGGCGCAUUUUACUGCAUGGACAAACAAGGAAACAUCAUUCUUCAAGAUGCUGUCGAGUAUCGUAGUACCCGAAGAUCUUCUCCUUCCCCAAUGGAACAGAGGGGUCUUGGUCUCAUAUUAAUUCCUUCGUCCUGCAGAACAUCUUGUCACGUUGAUUGCUCGAUCGAUGAACAACUCUCACUACUCUCCCUUCAGGUGCAAAAGUACGGUGGAGGCACUCCAAAGAGUGAAGUCAUACAACGAUGUUAAACCAAUGCGAAACCAAAUAAACCAAACCGGCCAAUUAGGUUUUGUUUACUUCAAUUUCAUGGUUAGCUGCAUUUGUAUCCAUAUCU